AUGCUGACUGACUGCGCCGACGUAGCAGUUUUGUCACAUAACUGUUACGUCAGCGGGCGAUGGGGUCGUCACUUCCCUACGCCUUACUGUUAUUGGACUCAUAAAUUAAACAUAAUGGGUGUACCUGCGGGUAAUGCUGAGAAUGGAAAGAAAAUAUUUGUACAGAGAUGUGCCCAGUGUCAUACUGUUGAAGCUGGUGGCAAACAUAAAGUAGGUCCAAACCUUCAUGGCUUCUUUGGACGUAAAACUGGACAGGCACCUGGUUUCUCAUACUCAGAUGCUAAUAAAUCCAAAGGCAUCACAUGGGGUGAAGAAACACUCUUUCAAUACCUUGAAAAUCCAAAGAAAUACAUCCCUGGUACCAAGAUGGUGUUUGCUGGUCUGAAAAAGGCAAAUGAGAGGGCGGAUCUCAUUGCAUAUCUCAAGGAAGCUACAAAGUAA